CUAGUGCUCCAUUGUUCUGUGCUGUAUAUUUUAGGGCAUCUCUCAAUUGUUAAACUGAAUUAGCAAAUGUAAUGUAGGGUCUUUCAAGUAGUAAACAAAGUGUGUGUGUGUGAGAGAGAGAGUGAGGGGGGGAGAGAGACAGAGAGAGAGAAGGAGAGAGAGAGAGAGACAAAGAGAGAGAGUGAGCACUGACUCAUUCCCUGAGCCACCAACAUCUAGAUAAGCGUGAGUCAACCUAGCGUCCUCUGUUCAAAGAAAAUGUUAGAGUCGACCUGUACAGCAGUUCUCCUUUCCUCUUCUUCGCUUGUGCGGACUGCAUAUCCGCGCGUUCACUUUCAGUAUUUCGCCUGAGACUCAAACAAGACUCGAGAGUGUGCGCUGUCAACGCCGACGCCGUCGACGGACGCAAAGCGAGGUGGGGGCGAGCGCUCAGGGCUGGCAGUUACCGGGUUCCCAACGCGCAGUUUAGCUCGCCAGUGUGGAAGUGAGGACUAGGGGAGUUCGCAGACGCACUUCAUAAUUCUUCCAAACAGUCUACUCAUGUAUACGCGAAGCUAUGGGAAUCGCGAGUGAAAGUAUAAGAUGUCUGAAGCCCAAUCGAUCGAUGGAUAUAAAUGACCAGUCAGCCGUCAUCUGUGAGGGCUGAGAUCUGGAGAGAGAAGGGCCAAACGCUGUGACCAAUGAUGAGGAUACUUUUCUCACAGAAUGCCUGUCUGAUCCUGACUACUGGACUGCCUGUCUGGACCUGACUACACCUUUGUCCUUUGACCUUUGACCUUUGUCCACCUUUAUCCACCUUUAUCCUCGCCUUUUGUCUGCCUCUGGCCACCACUGACACCAAACCCCCACCCCCCUCCCUCAACCUCCCAUCCUGCACCCAGGUCCUGGCAGUAAUCACUCUGGGACUGAUGGCCCCCUUUGCACACAGCUGGGGCCCUUUGGCUCAGCGGAGAUAGGAGGCUUUGAGUCACGCAGCGGUUCAUCUUCUUUAAACGAGGUGGAAGAGACAGCCGAGGGCUUCCUUCAAAUGUAUCAGGCUUGAGCCAUCACAGCGUGUGUGCAACAAUGACCACAUCCUGGCAUGGUGAGGCUGACUCAUAGUUUCACUGUCGUUGUCAAACAAAUGUGUUUAAGUCGUACACGGACAGCAGCUUGGCACUAAAUGUGCUCUACCACGACUACGACUACGACUCAUGAACUAUCCCUUGAGUUGGGAUGCCAAGAAAAGAUUUUUGAAAUUCGUCAAACGAUGUUAAGUUAAUAAUUUCACGCUUAAAACUAGUGAGGGUGGUCGAGGGAAACCAGGAGACUCCGAUGGCGAGCAACAGCACGGCCAUAUGCAACCUCACCUGCACGGUGGACUCCAACAUCGACCUGUUCUUCCACCCGACACUCUACAUCAUCGUCAUCGUUCUGGGCCUGCCCACCAACUGCAUGGCUCUGUGGGCUGCGUACCUGCAGGUGCGUCAGAAGAAUGAGCUGGGCGUCUACCUCAUCAACCUGUCGGUGGCCGACCUGCUGUACAUCGCCACGCUGCCGCUCUGGAUCGACUACUUCCUGCACCACGACAACUGGGUGCACGGCCAGGAGUCGUGCAAGCUCUUCGGCUUCAUCUUCUACACCAACAUCUACGUCAGCAUCGCCUUCCUCUGCUGCAUCUCCGUCGACCGCUACCUGGCCGUGGCGCACCCGCUCAAGUUCGCCAAGGUGCGGCGCGUGAAGACCGCCGUGGGGGUAAGCAUCGUGGUCUGGGUCAUCGAGGUGGUUGCCAACUCGGCUCCGCUCUUCCACAACGAGCUCUUCGAGAACGGCCGCAACCACACGCUCUGCUUCGAGCGCUACCCCAUGCAGGAGUGGGUCGCCGGCAUGAACCUCUAUCGUUCCUUCCUGGGCUUCCUGGCGCCCUGGCUGGUGAUGCUGGCCGGCUACCGGGGGAUCCUGCGGGCGGUGCGCACCAACGUGUCCACGGAGCGCCAGGAGAAGGCCAAGAUCAAGCGCCUGGCGCUCAGCCUGGUGCUCAUCGCGCUGCUGUGCUUCGCGCCGUACCACGUGCUGCUGCUGUGGCGCAGCGUGCUCUUCCUGCACAAGCCGUGCGACUGCGGCGGCGAGGAGACGCUCUUCGCCGCCUACCACGCCGCCCUGGCUCUCACCAGCCUCAACUGCGUGGCCGACCCCAUCCUCUACUGCUUGGUCAACGAGGGCGCGCGCCAAGACGUCAGCCGGGCCCUCACGCGCAUCCUCGCCGUCCUCACCUGCGGCGCGACCUCACCUCUGCACGCCGACGGGCUCACCGGGGCCUCGGCCACCGUGGAGACGCCCCUGGCGAGCAAAAAGACUGGCUUCUGCAGCGAGGGAAAGGCCAGCGCCUACAAGGCCGAGCUGGAGGCCUUUAAAGACGAGUGCCUUCAGAUGACCAUUCUCAGUGUUAAGAAGUGAACAGGGGACACGCACUCUGUACUAGUCUCUGUGAUAUAGGACACAUUAAGUCUAAUUGUUGUUUGGACCAGAACAGACUUUCUCCUCCUCUCUUUGUGUUUUUUUAAUACAGUAGGAAUCUUGAGAAUUUUUUUUUAGCCACACGGCUGGAUGUUGUCGAUAACUGUGUCCAUUUUGUCUGAAUACUGUAUUGUAUGCGCUGUAGACAGUGUAAUCGAAGGAUAGGAUUGAAAAUUCCGUUUCUCUUGAAAGUUAAUUUAUUUGUUUCCCCUUUUGUAAAAACAUCCAUUGUUCGUUCAGUCCCACAGCAAUAGGUGCGUAGCUCUUGGAGAGGAAAUAUGCUUUUUUUUAGCUUCACUAUGUCUAAAUAUUAAUUUAUGAUACAGACUAUGAUGCGUGUGUGGUGUGACAGUUAGCCAAAGUGAAAAGGUUAUUGAAUGUCACUUUCUAUUUUGUUUGUUUUUUGUUUGUUUUUUUGCACAUGUUUACAUUUUUCUGUCAGAGCUCUCUGAAUGCCUUGCGUAUAAACCCAAGUUGAAUGUCACUGCUGUGUCACCACAGGGUUGUAAUUUUCACGUAACAUCAUCAUCGUUGUAAACACAAGGAAAAAUAAAGGACAUCCAAGAAUACA